AUGGAGUCGAAGGAGACAACCAGUCAGCUAUCAUCAUCUUCCAUAGAAUAUACAAUUAAAUUCUACAUUUUAAUAAUAUUGCAAACACCAUCGAUUCUAUGUUCAAUCUUCUCCCUAUAUCACUUCAAUUGGUGUCGUUUACAGAGUCAAGUCUAUGGAAUUUUAAUUGUGUUCAAUAGUUUCAUUGUCGCAGUUGAACUAUCAUUUACACUUUAUUUUCUUCACGAAGGCACUAUUUAUUCUGAACAUUUAUGUACACCAUGGAUCACUCUGAAUUACUCGUUGUAUUUACUAAAUAUUCUAUUAAUGGCAUGGACAUCUAUCGAACGUUAUCUAUUCAUUUAUCAUGAACAAUUGAUAACACAAUAUCGAAUUUAUUUACACUAUAUUCCUAUUCUUGUAAUUAUCCUAUACUGUCCUUUAUUUUACAUAGGUAUUGUCGUGCUAUAUCCAUGUCAGCCAGUUUACCAUGUAGAUGUCUAUCUUUGUGGAGGAGCUUGUUAUCAAUUUGAACAAGUAUUGGGAUUAUUAGAUUGGGUCGGAAAUGGUAUGACUAUGGUAUGGGUCACUUUUAUGUUGAAUGUUAUUUUGAUUAUACGACAUGUAUAUCAACGUUUUCGAAUGCGAAGGAUGAUUAUCACUGCAGAUCGACGUUCGACAUGGCAUCGUUCAGCAAAACUGAGUGUGCAAUUGCUUGCUAUUGCUCUACCUUACAUGAUCGCAUGGAUACCUUAUUGUACAGUUGUAACAAUACAAAUAUUUCAAAAUACAGAACAACUUGCUUAUCUUCUUUCGACAUUCUUUGUUUAUUUCCCAUAUAUUCAAGUACUGUUUCUGCCGUAUAUUUGUAUUUUAUUUAUUCCGGAAAUUAAGCAGAAAUUCUGUAUAUUAUACAACAAAAUAUGGCAUGGAAAGUUUGUUCGAAGACAUAAUCAAAUCCAUGCCGUAGUUUUACGACAGAAUACAACUCUACUCUGA